AUGUCCGAGUCCGGUGAUAGAUCGGCAGCUGCUCUGUCCCUCCUUCGACGUGUCCGCGAGCCCGACGACACUCCUCAAAGCCCUGCCGGCUCCGGCUCCUCCCCAGUAGCUGCCAACCCCCCAGCGGCUGCCCCGACCGUCUCUAUGUCGCACCAACAAGCAAAUAGGAGCCAGGGCUCCAGGCUCUCCCUCGCUGGUUCUGUCAGCGGCCGCGUGCCCUCCUACCAAGCUCAGCCUCAAGCUCAGUCCCCAUCGCCAACCACCCCAAAGGCCGCUGCUACCACCAUCUACGAUAGGGGGAACACCAUCGAGCAGUCCGUGCGCAAGUUUCGCAUCGUCGAGGCCUUGCGCAGCGGCGAUACCGCCUCCAUCUCCAGGGCCAUCCGCGAAACCUCAGAAGGCGGGCCCAGGCCCAGCACGUCUUCCAUCAAUACCCUAUCCGGAGGCGCCCUGGACGAUACCACAGUCCUCCAUCUUGCUAUCCAAGUCGCCGAAUUCCCUGUCGUUGAAUAUGUCAUAUCCGACGGUGCUGGCUACGUGGACAUCAAUGCCAGAGACAAGGACGGCAACACAGCGUUGCAUAUUGCAGCCAGCCAGGGGAGGACAUCAAUCGUGAAGCUGCUAUUGGAGCAGAAGGAUAUCAAUGAUGCCAUUCCAAACAACCAGGGUCGCUUGCCGCUUGACCUGGCCCGCAAUGCCGACAUCUUCCAGUCGCUGCAACUGUCCCGGUCUCUUUUCGCAGAAUCCAAGAUCAAGCAGGUCCAAGAGCUGAUCAACCAGCAAGACUACAAGGCUCUGGAGCAGGUUCUUGAGGAGACUCGCCUCAAGACCGUUUUGGAUAUCAACAGCACCGAGUUUGUCCUCGACCCCCUGACCGCCCAGGCUGGCGGCACGCUUCUCCACGAAGCCGCCCGUCGCAAGAACACUGCCCUCAUCCAGAUCUUGCUUCUGCACGGCGCAGACCCAUUCAGGCGAGACCGGAAAGGCAAGCUGCCUCAGGACGCGACCAAGGAUGACGUGACUCGCGCUAUGCUCAAGAAGUCUCCCGCCGCGGUUGCCGCCCAACGGGGCAUCCAGGAGAAGGCCGUCCUUGGGACAGCAUCGCAAGCCGCUGCUGCUGCACCUGGGGAUCCACUCCUGGGCAAGGAAGCCAGAGAGAUGAAGGGAUACCUCAAGAAGUGGACCAACUACCGCAAGGGGUACCAGCUGAGAUGGUUCGUCCUUGAAGACGGUGUCCUGAGCUACUACAAGCACCAAGACGACUCUGGCUCUGCCUGCCGCGGCGCAAUCAACAUGCGCAUCGCCAAGCUCAACAUGAGUCCUGAUGAGAAGACCAAGUUUGAAAUCAUCGGCAAGUCCUCGGUCAAGUACACACUCAAGGCCAACCAUGAGGUUGAGGCGAAAAGAUGGUUCUGGGCCUUGAACAAUGCCAUCCAGUGGACCAAAGACCAGGCCAAAGAAGAAAUCAAACAGCGUGCCACGGAAGCCGAGUUAUUGAGCAAGGCAAAGGAGCAUGUUCAGGGUACCUCGAGUGGCGACACCCCGAGCGAGAAUGCCAGUCUCCUGGAACCUGGGCCGCGGGCCAGCACACAGCUCACCCGGCUACAGUCUGCCUCCAAGUCGGGGAGCAAACUGACCAGCACGGGAGGCAGUAUCGCUGAGGAGGAUGAGACAGACCGUGACACUAGGGCGGGCAUGUCCGUCAUGCAUGACGAGGAGGAUGAUGACGGCGAUGCCUCAAGUGGCCGUGAACAGCCGAGCGCCGCCAAGGACGCGUUCAAUAUCACUGCGCAGUCGCUGAAGCUACAGCUGGAGACAAUGGCGCAAGUGAACGCGGCUCUGGUCGCAGAGGCUAGUCAAAAUCCUAACGUAAAGCUAUCGGAUCCUAAGACGGCAGGAGCUCUCGCUACGUACGAUGCUGCUAUUCGAUCCAUGGCAGGGCUCACUGGCGAUCUCAUGCGGAUCUCUCGUGAUAGAGACUCGUACUGGCAAUACCGCCUGGAUCGAGAGGUCGACAUGAGGCGCAUGUGGGAAGAAAGCAUGGCACAGGUUGCUAAGGAACAGGAAGUGCUGCAAGCCAAGAUUGGUGAGGCAGAAGAGAAGCGAAAGCACACGAAGCGGAUGCUCAAGGAGGUAGUCAGCAACAGCAUGACCGAAAGCCAGACUGUUUCCCCCGGUCUUGCUCCUGGCGCCGAUACUCAAGGAGAGACAGAGGAUGCCGCAGUCAACGAUCAAAAGUCACCGACCCGAAGCCUUCCGCUCAGCCGCCACGAGACUGUGCUCACAGAGAUCGCAAAUCUCUCCGAAGACGAGUCGGAGGAUGACGAGGAAUUCUUCGACGCUGUCGAUGCUGGAGAGAUUGAAGCCGAGCCCUUGCCUCCUGCCACAGCCACUGACGAAGAAAACAAGCAACUUGUGGCAUCAACCGGCAUCGACAUCAGCAGCUCUUUCCAUGGAUACGAGAACGGCAUACGGAAGAGGUUGAAAAUGGAUGCGGACAACCGUCCGAAAAUCUCUCUUUGGGGUAUUCUGAAAUCGAUGAUUGGCAAAGACAUGACCAAGAUGACCCUGCCCGUGACCUUCAACGAACCCACUUCGCUGCUUUACCGCUGCGGAGAGGAUAUGGAAUAUGCCGACCUACUGGAUCUCGCUGCCGAUCGUACUGACUCAAUCGAGCGGCUUCUCUACGUUGCUGCGUUUGCAGCAAGUGAGUAUGCUUCAACGAUUGGUCGUGUGGCCAAGCCGUUCAACCCCCUGCUCGGAGAGACCUUCGAGUACGUCAGACCCGACAAAAACUACCGCUUCUUCAUUGAGCAAGUUAGCCACCACCCACCUGUUGGUGCCGCUUGGGCCGAGUCUCCGAAGUGGACGUAUUAUGGCGAGUCGGCAGUCAGGUCCAAGUUCUACGGCCGAUCGUUCGACAUCAACCCACUUGGCACGUGGUUUUUGAAGCUUCGCCCUGCUUCAGGUGGCGAAGAAGAGCUUUACACGUGGAAGAAGGUGACUUCGUCGGUGGUUGGCAUCAUCACGGGUAACCCUGUCGUCGACAACUAUGGCCCCAUGGAGAUCAAGAACUGGAACACAGGUGAAGUGGCACACUUGGAUUUCAAGCAGCGUGGUUGGAAGGAGACAUCCGCAUAUCAGAUUGCUGGCAAGAUCGUGGAUGCCAACGGGCGCGUCCGCGUCAGCAUCGGCGGCAAGUGGAACUCCAAGCUCUACGCUCGUGUCACACCUGGCUACGAGGCUCCCGUCGAGGCGCCCGCCAACGACAAUGAUACGAUUUACAAGGGUAGCCUGGGCGAGUCUGACCCUAACAAGGCCUUCCUGAUCUGGCAGGCGAACGAGCGUCCUAAGGGCAUCCCGUUCAACCUGACCCCGUUCGUGCUCACAUUCAACCACAUCGAUGACCAGCUAAAGCCGUGGCUCGCCCCGACCGACUCACGCCUCAGGCCUGACCAGCGAGCGAUGGAGGAAGGCGAAUACGACUUCGCGGCAACGGAAAAGAAUCGCCUUGAGGAGGGGCAGCGCGCCCGGAGGAGGGAGCGUGAAGCCAAGGGCGACGAUUUCGCGCCCGCGUGGUUCACCAAGGCGAGGUGUGAGAUCACCGGCGAGGAGUAUUGGAAGUUCAAUGGCAAGUACUGGGAGCAGAGAGAGAAGGCUGGCAAGGGCGACGAGAGCGCGUGGGCGGGGCUAGAAGAGAUCUACGCGUAG